GCCGCCUGUAACCAGUGUCCACCGAUAGGGGGAGCUGGACCGAGUUAUUUUCAAUCCAUUGCAAAAGAAAGGGCUGAGGCGGGCACACCCUGUACAGAGAGUUGUGUUCUUUUCACUUCCAACUUCUCCAGAGUUCAUCCUCAGCUAAAGUCCCACCAUGCCCGUCAAAGGAGGAACAAAGUGCAUUAAAUAUCUGCUGUUUGGCUUCAACUUCAUAUUUUGGCUGGCAGGAACAGCCGUUCUUGGCAUAGGACUAUGGCUCAGGUUCGAUAACCAGACAAAAACCAUAUUUGAGUCCGAUGCGAACACCUCAUAUUUUACGGGGGUCUACAUCCUGAUUGGUGCUGGAGCACUUAUGAUGUUGGUUGGUUUCCUUGGAUGCUGUGGUGCAAUUCAGGAGUCGGAAUGCAUGCUGGGAUUGUUCUUUGCUUUUCUCCUGGUAAUUUUUGCCAUUGAAAUUGCUGCUGGUAUCUGGGGCUUUGCCAAUAAAGAUAAGGUUGUUGACGAAAUAAAGAAUUUUUACACAGAGGCUUAUACUAAGUAUGUUCAGAGUCCGACUAAAGAGGCAGCUCUGAAGGAAUCGCUAAAGGGUAUUCAUAUUGCUUUGGACUGUUGCGGAAUAACACCCAUUAUUGAUGCCUCGCUUUCAGACACUUGCCCCACAAAGGAUUUAGUGGGGACCUUCACUACACCAACCUGUCCGGCAGAAAUCGAAAAAGUCUUCAAUAGCAAGUUCCACAUUAUCGGAGCUGUCGGGAUCGGAAUUGCUGUUAUAAUGAUUUUCGGAAUGAUCUUCAGCAUGGUACUUUGUUGUGCAAUCCGGAAUAACAGGGAGAUGGUAUAAUGAACGUCCAAAUGGAGCAGUUUCUUCAGAUGGGGGCAGCGGGAGGUUGGGGAUAAUGUUGUUUUAGUGUUUAAACAGCCGUUUCUAAAAUAAAGUUGUGCUAUAUUUUUGUUCAUUUUUUUUUUUUUUUAAAUGCGAGGCUAUUUUCCAUUAUUUUAUUUUUGUUUUUGUUUUCUUUUUUAAGAUUGUAUGUUUCAGAUGUAAACCAAUGAUACAAGGUACACCAUUUGUUGAUGGGUUAAAUUCAUAUAUAUAUAUAUAUAUAUUGUAUAUCUACAAAAGGCUAUAUACAGUGUAGUCCGUUUAGGUUUGUCUUUCGCUUUCUUAAAAUAUUAAUCAAGAUAUAACUUAAUUGUAAUUUGGUACUUAAAAAUAAAACAAAAAACCUGUACAAAUAAAA